AUGGCCGAGGUUGUCAUCUCGCUCGACGGAACGGUUGAAGAGGUGGAUUUGCCUUCGAAGCGGCCUCUUGUGAUUGCUCCCAAGGUUGUUGCUGGGAACAUUGUCACCCAACUCAAGGAGCCAACAAUUUUCCAAAGCCAGCCGCUACCUGCUGGCUCUUUGGUAGCAUACAAUAUCUCGCCCGACGUGCCAAAACCACACAAGCAGUCAGUUGUUUAUGUCCCUGAGCCCGAUGAAUUCACGCCCUUCAUCGCACUAGACGGCUUCGAAACGAGCCAGGGGAGAGUGCAUUUGACUUCGUCCAAGAACGGUGUUGAGCGGCGCUUGUCAUUAGAAUACCACGAAAAAGCCUGGAGGCUCGUCCAGAACGUUCCGUGCUCCGUCGGUGGUCACUUUGGUAUUGUAUCCGGCGACUGCCUCUCUAAUGAUGUCAUCGUCACCAGAUCGGGGCUCCUCCAGCCGACAGCGGUGCAGCUGGCGAGGCCAGACGGGACUAUGCAGGAGAUUUUCUCUCAGAAGCCACUGGUCGAUGCCGAAAGAUUUGACAUAGAGCGACUUACUGUGUCUAGCAAAGAUGGCACGCUUAUCGACUAUGUCGUACUAUCCUCCAAGUUUUCCAAAGGCAAGGCCAGUCCCCGGCCACUUCUCAUAACCGGCUACGGGGCGUUUGGUAUAACCAUAAGUACGUCGUACUUCUCGCAGGUCUUUGGAGGUAUUGCCCUGGUCCCUUGGCUGGAGAGUGGAGGUUCCCUUGCCAUCGCAUUCAUCCGGGGCGGCGGAGACCGUGGCGAAGCGUGGCAUGAGGCGGCACGGCAAGAGAAGCGCCAAAAGUCUUACGAUGACUUUAUCGCCGUUGCAGAGAAGCUUGUCGAGGAUGGUAUGACAACGCCCAAGAAGCUUGGUGUCUUUGGCACGUCGAACGGCGGACUUCUCGCGGCCGUCAUGGGCACCCAGCGCCCGGAUCUUUUCGGCGCUGUCGUUAGCGACGUGCCUCUGACAGAUAUGCUAAGAUUCCCUCUCAUGGGGAUGGGUGCCGCCUGGAAGCACGAGUACGGAGAUCCUGAGGACCCUAAGAUGGCCAGGAUUCUCCGAUCAUACUCGCCCUUCCAUAACAUUCACGAAGGAGUCAAGUACCCGGCCUUUUUGGUGACGAUCUCCACGAAGGAUGACCGAGUCGGGGCAGGGCACGCCCGCAAGCUGGUCGCGAGGCUGAAGGACGUGGGCUCCGAGCAUGCUUUCCUAUUUGAGGACAGCGACGGUGGACACGGGGUGAGUGACCCUUACAAGAGGGCCGCCCUCAUGAGUCGACGCAUGGGCUUUUUUCUCAACUAUCUCCAGUGA